ACUGAGCUUCAUCUUACUCAGAGCUACUUCAACAAUGAUGAAAUUCGUCGCCUUGUCCGCUUUGGUCGCUGUGGCAGCAGCCGGUCACCUCGGAGGAUCCUCGUCGAAUUACCGCAAGCAAGACGAUUUCGGAAACUACGCCUUCGGCUACGACAUUAAGGACGACUGGGGCAAUGUCAACGGACGUUCCGAGAAGGGCUCUCAUGGACACGUUGUAGGAUCUUACUACCUCGGAGAGAUCGACGGUCGUCACCGAUCUGUCGAAUACGUCGCCGACAAGCUCGGAUUCCGCGCCGCCGUCAAGACCAACGAGCCUGGAACCAAGACCUCUGAGCCCGCAUUCGCUCCCAUCACCUCGGCUUUCGGAAAGAGCAUUCCUUCUGGAUCCAUCCACGCCGUCCCAGUGAAAGUUGCUGCCUCGUACGUUGAGCCCGCCUAUGCUCCCCUCGCCAGUCACGCUUCCUAUGCCGCCCCCGCUUACGCUGCUCCCGCUUACGCAUACGCGGCUCCCAUCCACGCGCACGCUCCCAUCCACGGUCACGGAUAUGGAUACGGCGGCUACGCCGGCCACUACUAAUUUAAUCGAUAGGAAUGUUUUGCAUUCGUUUCGAAGUCUCUAAGCAGUCGGCGCUUCGGUGUCGAACUGCUGAAUCUGCCAAGGCUUAGGUUUACAAGUCGUCCUACUUUACAUUAUUAUCCAAAAUAUGUAUUUGAUGAGCAACAACAUCAAGGGGACGACGAUAAUAAUUGAAGUAAGAGGUGAAAAAAGAACUCCAGGAGAAUGCGGAUGAGGACAACGAGGAGAUGCAUAACUGCAAGUUUAGGAGGAGCUCUACACCAAACAGGAGAGGGGCCGUGCCGCCUCGGGACUUUCACCUGCUUUCACUACUGAAGACUUGUUACUGUUCUUAAUAUUUGAGGGACCGAUCAAACAUCGAAGUAACCGACGGAACCACUAAGUGA